AUGCCAGUGCCGAAGAAUUUGAAGAUCAAAUUGACCCCUGUCGUCUGCUUCACCAUAAAUGCGACGGCAUUCUUCCUCAAUGCGGGCGAUGCACUCGGACUGGUCGGACAUGUGUACGAGGCAAAAAGGAGACACAAUUCAGGCAGGUCAAGGGACCGGGACAAGGGCCGCGAACUCGAUUCCCACGCAAUCAGGUGUGGCUCCGACCGCCGCCGCGAGGUGAGACCCGUCCCAUACAUAAGAAUCGCCGCGACACCAACUGACUCGACCCGCUUGACUUCAGUGGAUUUUGUUUUGGAAUCCGGCAAUGGGGAACCCGACGAUGAAACCCAGCCGCUGAUUGAUAGCGAGUUCCGAGUCGCCAAUGGAGAGCUGAGCCAGUCGGACAACAGGCCAUCCCCGGGCAGCCAGGGCCAUCUCUCCCAGUCUUUGAGCGCCCAACCAGCUCGUUCGGAAGAGGAAUCAAGACGGCAUACACACCGGACCAAUCGAGAUGGAAAGCAACAUCACCCACCUUUCCACCCGACCGGUGUACGUCGCGAGUUGCGACCAGGUCGACGAUCCUGGCCUUUGAGAGACCCGGAAGAGGCCUACCUAUUGAAACACUUCGUGGAUCGCAUCGCGUCCUUUGUGAGUCCAUCCUUGCUUGUCAACGAGGAGGCUCUUCGGAUUCUGACCGGCUUCAGUUUGACUGCACAGAUCGACAACAACAUUUCGCGGUACAUAUCCCUCACCGGGCACGAUAUUGCGACACGUUAUUCAACGCCCUCAUGGCCCUCUCUGCCCGUCACUUGA